CACAGGCAAAGCCCGCAGUUCCUCCAAGCUGAGACAAAGGCCUACUACACGAUUGGCUGAGAAGAGGUGCGCUCUGGCGUCUCUGGGUGAUCGCUGCCAAACCGCCUAUUGAUAUGCAAAUUAGACCUUAUAAAUACCUUAGACAACAACUCACUUCAACGGCAGAAUUCUUUGAGAUAACACAAUAAGAAGCCGGAUUGUUUGCGUGUGUAUGUAUUUCUGUAUCUGUGUGAGUCUACCAGCUGCUGGCUUCGUUGGAUUGAACCGAUUUUGUGGAUUACAGUAGCUCGCGUAUUUAUUUAUUUAUUUAUUUUUGGGUUUAAACCAACAAUGGCUCCCUCAUCCAGACCUUGCAAAAAUGGAUCUGCCCAGGAUGAUGAGGAAUAUUAUGGGCUUAAAAGAGACAGAAAGGCGAGAAAGCCUUUGGUUGAGAAAAAGAGGCGAGCUCGGAUUAAUGAAAGUUUACACGAACUGAGGGGUCUUGUUGCAGACAGCGAUUUUCAGACAAAAACGGAGAAUGCCGAAGUGCUGGAAAUGACAGUAAAACGAGUUGAGAAUAUUCUUCGGAGCAGAGACCUUGAAACCGACACCAUGAACCGUGAAGCAAGCGAGCGAUUUGCUGCCGGAUACGUACAGUGCAUGCACGAGGUGCACAUGUUCGUGUCGAACUGCCCCGGGAUAGACGCUGCAGUGGCCGCGGAGCUGCUGAACCACCUUUUGGAAUCUAUGCCCCUGAACGAAGACCAUUUUCAGGACAUGCUUGUGGAUUUAAUGUCGGACUCUCCCAACAGUAGCAGCACUUGGCCUAGCAGCGAAGGGGUGUGUCCAUCCAUGGUAUCACCCGGGGGUGCGGCGCUGUGUGGCCAUUCUCCAGCGCCCUCUACAACAUCCAGCGAGGACAUAUGUUCCGAUCUAGACGAGACAGAUGCGGAACCUAGUCACACUUCGCCGGAUAAAUCCAGUACCCACAGCGUACCUGGUGCCCUCUGCUCGAAAUCCAUGUGGAGACCGUGGUGAAACUGUGCACCACUUAAAACAAGGCACACAAUGGAAAUCUACCUACCUAGUAGUUUUGGCUCGCCGUACGAGUGGGCCUGUAGAAUGACCGUGUACAGUUUUCAGAUGGGGUGUGUGGUCGUCAAACUUUGGAAUUUAAAAAAAAAAAAAACUCGUGAGAAAUGUAUCGUAUGGCACUAUUACUGUCAUCUUGACGGGCGACUGUUUUGUGUGGUGUGUUUUUUUGUCUUUGUACUAGUUGAGUGGACUUGUCGGUGAAUUUAUUAUUAUUAUUAUUAUUAUUAUUAUUAUUAUUAUUAUUAUUAUUUUUUAGGAUAUCGCAGCAAAGCUCUUUUUGUAAAGCAUAGUUUCUCUUGGUGUUCCAACGCAUUUGACGUUAAGAAAAUAGGCCUGGGACCAUACCCUGGGCAGUAAUGGGUGAAGGGACAGGCACAAGGCUGAGCUGUGUGUAAUGUGCAAGGACUCGUUCCUACAAGGGAUAGACUUGGGUAGCAUAGUUAGGAAUCUAUUUCUACCUUCUGUGAAGGAAGGGUAAAGUAAAAUAACUUUCAAUGUUUAGGUGUAAGUGUUGAUAGCAGGAUGCCUUGAAAACUGCACAUGAGGAACGACUGGUAGCGCAUUAUUCAUGAAUGUGUAUUAGGUGUUAUAAAACCUUUCCUUUUCUGGAACGAGUAAUAAAACGUAUUAAAGUGAAGCGUUUGUUUUACUGUAUAGUUGUGUGGAUGUGUUUUAAUUUGUAAACUUGUUUUUCUGACUGCCAGACACAAAUGAUUAGUCUCUUAUUUGGUGACGACCUGUCAAUCACCACUGCCUAAACAACACCACUGUAGCUUUUGGUUAUAAUAUUUAUGUAAUGUAGCCUGUGUAAAUAUCUAUGUCUGAAAUGCAACACCAGUAUCGCUUCAUAAUGUACAAACCCCAACCCACUGUGUUCACAUCAU